CACCCCUCUCUGUGACUCUACGUUUAGGCUUUGCGCGUUUUAAUGCGAUGGUGUCCCCCUGGGAUCAAAUUUCAGCGUCACAGCUGGGGACUGGCUUCGCGGUCCUUGAGGGGAGAGCAUGAGCAGGUGAAGCCCUUGGAGACCAACUCUUCCAAAGUCAAAGUUAAGUCCACCAUGAUGAUUCCUGACUCCCAGAAGCUCCUGCGCUGCGAACUGGAGUCACUCAAGAGCCAGCUACAGGCCCAGACCAAGGCUUUCGAGUUCCUAAACCACUCAGUGACCAUGUUGGAGAAGGAGAGCUGCCUGCAGCAAAUCAAGAUCCAACAGCUUGAAGAGGUUCUGAGUCCUAUGAGCCGCCAGACAGAGAAGGAGGGACACAAGUGGGGCAUGGGGCAGGGACAGCAGGAGCUGUAUGGGGCCCUAGCGGAAGGCCUGCUGGGACUACAGAAGACCCUGAGUGACAGCGAGGAGGUGCAGAGGGCCCGCACCACUCGCUGCCUGCAGCUGCUGGCCCAGGAGAUCCGGGACAGCAAGAAGUUCCUGUGGGAGGAGCUGGAGCUGGUGCGGGAGGAGGUGACCUUCAUCUAUCAGAAGCUCCAGGCUCAGGAGGACGAGAUCACAGAGAACCUGGUGAACAUCCAGAAGAUGCAGAAGACACAGGUGAAGUGCCGCAAGGUCCUGACCAAGAUGAAGCAGCAGGGGUGUGAGACAUCCAACUGGCCGGAGACUGAGGAGAUGCCACCAGGAGGCAGAGGCUCCUGGAGGGAUGACCUCCAAAAGGAGCUGAGUGACAUAUGGUCUGCUGUGCACUUGCUGCAGAACUCCUUUGAUGGCUUCACCAUGUCCUCAGGGGGCCUCUCCAGGGCCUCGAACCUCAGGGGCUACAAGGGGCACCAAGGCCUGAGACCUCUGCUCCUCUCCUGGGACUCGGACUCAGACACAGACCAGGAUCCUUCCCAGCCACCAUUCAGCAAGAGCCGCUCCUUCCCAUCCACCUGAGCAGCCGGGACUGCUCUCCCUGAAGACCCCUCCAGAGAGAAAAUAAACUAGCCAAGACCCUCUUC